CUCUCUCUCUCUCGUCAUCAUCCUCUACUCAUUUUCGUUUGCUCCCCCGUCAACAAAUUUACCAGCUCUCUCUACCAUUUUCGAAUUCCUCUUAAUACAAAGUUAGUAUUUUUCUACAAAUUCAUUUCGUUGCUUGGAUCCUAAGAAAAAAAAAGAGAGGAAAGAAAUGAAAAAACCCAAAUUGGCGAAAGUGGAAAAAAUCGACAAGCUUGAUCUGUUCUCUUCACUAUGGAAGCAGAGAUCGGUUCGUGUGAUAAUGGCAAUAGGGUUUCUCUAUCUGCUAUUUGUCUCAGUAGAGAUACCUCUCGUAUUCAAAUCCUGGUCCAGCAGCUCUAUCUCCAUUGAUUCCCUUUCUCGACUCGAGAAGCUCGAGACUGAGCAAGUGCCCCAAGUCGAGACAAUCCCUGAUCCUCCGUUGAAGCCAGUUUCGCACCCGAAUUCAGUCCGUGAACAUCACCGUGGUCUGCUCUCUAGCUUGAGAUUUGAUUCGGAAACUUUCGACCCGAGUAGUAAAGACGGGUCAGUGGAGCUUCACAAGUCUGCCAAGGAAGCUUGGCAGCUAGGUAGAAAGCUAUGGAAGGAGCUUGAAUCAGGAAGGCUUGAGAAACUAGUGGAGAAGCCAGAGAAGAACAAAUCAGAUUCAUGUCCACAUUCCGUUUCCUUAACCGGGUCGGAAUUCAUGAACCGUGAGAACAAACUGAUGGAGCUGCCCUGUGGUUUGACAUUGGGUUCGCAUAUAACCUUAGUGGGACGGCCAAGGAAAAGUCAUCCCAAGGAUGGAGAUUGGUCUAAGUUGGUGUCCCAGUUUUUGAUAGAGCUACAAGGUUUGAAGACCGUUGAGGGAGAGGAUCCUCCUCGGAUUCUGCAUUUCAAUCCCAGGCUUAAGGGAGAUUGGAGCAAAAAACCUGUGAUUGAGCAGAACAGUUGCUAUAGAAUGCAAUGGGGACCUGCACAACGAUGCGAAGGAUGGAAAUCAAGAGCUGAGGAAGAGACUGUUGAUAGUCAUGUGAAGUGUGAGAAGUGGAUCCGUGAUGAUGAUAACUACUCAGAAGGGUCGAGGGCAAGAUGGUGGUUGAAUAGACUUAUAGGAAGGAGAAAAAGGGUUAAAGUAGAAUGGCCGUUUCCUUUUGUAGAAGAGAAGCUGUUUGUUCUUACUCUUAGCGCCGGUUUAGAGGGUUACCAUAUCAAUGUCGAUGGAAAGCAUGUUACAUCUUUCCCUUAUCGCACUGGUUUCACUCUCGAGGAUGCAACAGGGCUAACCGUAAAUGGAGACAUUGAUGUACAUUCUGUUUUCGUUGCCUCUCUGCCAACAUCACAUCCUAGCUUUGCUCCCCAAAGGCAUCUAGAGUUGUCAAAGAGAUGGCAGGCCCCUGUAGUUCCCGAUGGGCCUGUGGAGCUCUUUAUCGGCAUCCUUUCCGCAGGCAAUCAUUUCUCUGAGCGGAUGGCCGUGAGGAGAUCCUGGAUGCAGCAUGUUCUUAUUACAUCUGCAAAAGUUGUUGCUCGUUUCUUUGUGGCGCUGCAUGGGAGAAAGGAGGUGAAUGUGGAAUUGAAAAAAGAAGCAGAGUAUUUUGGGGACAUUGUACUUGUUCCUUACAUGGAUAGCUAUGAUCUUGUCGUGCUAAAAACUGUUGCCAUAUGUGAACAUGGAGCUCUUGCAUUCUCUGCAAAGUACAUAAUGAAGUGUGACGAUGAUACAUUUGUAAAACUUGGUGCGGUGAUUAAUGAAGUGAAAAAAGUACCCGAAGGUAGAAGCCUGUACAUUGGUAACAUGAAUUAUUACCACAAACCUUUACGUGGUGGGAAAUGGGCAGUCACAUACGAGGAAUGGCCAGAGGAGGACUACCCGCCCUAUGCAAAUGGACCUGGUUAUGUUCUAUCUUCUGACAUUGCACGCUUCAUUGUAGAAGAGUUUGAGAGACAUAAAUUACGGCUGUUCAAGAUGGAGGACGUGAGUGUUGGAAUGUGGGUUGAGCAUUUCAAGAAUACAACAAACCCAGUGGAUUACAGACACAGUCUGAGAUUCUGUCAGUUUGGCUGUGUUGAGAACUACUACACAGCUCAUUACCAGUCGCCGAGACAGAUGAUAUGCUUAUGGGAUAAGCUCUUAAGACAGAACAAGCCUGAGUGUUGUAACAUGAGAUGAUACUUGAGGAAACAUUCACAUUUCCUGAGAUAUAAUAUGCCGUCAAGCUUGCCGUAGAAAGCCAGGUGAAAUUAAGAAAUCAAUUUUGCAAGCGCAUCACACACAGAGAAAGAGAGCGUGGAUUUGAUUUUAUUGGUCUGCAGCUUCAAGCCUUUUGAUCUGUUGAAGAAAUGGGGACGAAAACUGGGAGUAGGGAAGAAAACAUAGAGAAUCACUUUUUUUUUUUUUUUUUUUUUUUUAAUAUGUAUAAACCCAUUUCUUAAUCUAAAUGGAAAUUUGUUACUUCUUUGGUCA